AUGGCUGAAGGCGCGCCCAAGGCCCCUGUGGUCGCAGAGGCCCAUGAGGUCGACACCUUUCAUCCCCCCCAGAAGAUGCUUGACAAGCAUCCCAGCAAACCUCACCUGUCUGGCCUGGAGGAUUAUCAGCAACUCUACAAGCAGUCAAUUACGGAGCCAGACAAGUUCUGGGGCACCAAAGCCAGGGAGCUCCUGACCUGGUCCAAAGACUUCCAGACUGUGCACACCGGAAGCCUCGAGAACGGCGACAAUGCCUGGUUCCUCGAGGGCGAGCUGAACGCCUCUUACAAUUGUGUGGAUCGCCAUGCAGCUAAGGACCCCGACCGCGUCGCCAUUAUUUACGAGGCCGACGAGCCGAGCGAAGGCCGGAACCUCACCUACUCCGAGCUGCUCCGAGAGGUAUGCAGAACAGCCUGGGUGCUGAAGCAGAUGGGCGUGAAGAAGGGCGACACGGUUGCCGUCUACCUGCCAAUGAUUCCAGAGGCUCUCAUUGCUCUGCUGGCCAUCACUCGUAUUGGAGCCGUCCACUCCGUUGUGUUCGCCGGUUUCUCCUCAGAUUCCCUUCGCGACCGUGUCAUAGAUGCCCAGUCCAAGGUUGUCAUCACCACCGACGAGGGCAAGCGUGGUGGCAAGCUCAUUGGCACCAAGAAGAUUGUGGACGACGCUCUGAAGCAGUGCCCAGACGUCAGCCAUGUGCUUGUGUACAAGCGCACAGGAGCCGAUGUGCCAUUCACCCAGGGGCGGGAUUGGUGGUGGCACGAGGAGGUUGAGAAGUGGCCUGCGUACAUUGCCCCUGAGCCUAUGAACUCGGAGGACCCACUCUUCCUCCUGUACACUUCUGGGUCGACCGGCAAGCCCAAGGGCGUUCUGCACACCACGGGUGGCUACCUCCUAGGUGCCGCCAUGACAGGAAAAUAUGUGUUCGAUAUCCACGACGGAGAUCGCUACUUCUGUGGCGGAGAUGUCGGCUGGAUCACAGGACAUACCUACGUCGUUUAUGCGCCUCUCUUACUCGGAGUCUCAACAGUCGUCUUCGAGGGCACACCAGCGUACCCCAACUUCUCAAGAUACUGGGAGAUUAUCGAUAAGCACCAGGUGACACAAUUCUAUGUCGCGCCUACCGCGCUACGGUUGCUCAAGCGUGCUGGCGACCAUUUCGUGAAGAGCAGCAUGUCCCACCUCAGGGUUCUCGGCUCAGUCGGCGAGCCUAUUGCCGCCGAGGUAUGGAAGUGGUACUUUGAAGUUGUCGGAAAGGAGGAGGCACAGAUCGUCGACACUUAUUGGCAGACCGAGACGGGGUCCAACGUCAUCACCCCUCUUGCAGGUGUUACGCCUACUAAGCCUGGCUCUGCGUCUCUCCCAUUCUUCGGUAUUGAGCCUGCCAUUAUCGACCCUGUAUCUGGCGAGGAGAUCCACGGCAAUGACGUUGAGGGAGUUCUGGCAUUUAAGCAGGCAUGGCCUAGCAUGGCCCGUACAGUAUAUGGCGCGCAUAAGCGUUAUAUGGAUACAUACCUGAAUGUUUACAAGGGCUACUAUUUCACUGGUGAUGGUGCCGGCCGAGACCACGAGGGUUUCUACUGGAUCCGUGGUCGUGUUGAUGAUGUUGUAAACGUCUCUGGCCACCGUCUGUCAACCGCCGAGAUCGAAGCCGCACUGAUCGAGCACCACUCAAUCGCCGAGGCUGCCGUCGUGGGUAUCAACGACGAGCUGACUGGCCAGGCAGUGAAUGCGUUCGUGGCCAUCAAGGACGGUACCGAGGCGAGCGAUGCCCUCCGCAAAGAGUUCAUUCUGCAGGUGCGUAAGAGCAUCGGGCCGUUUGCGGCACCCAAGGCGGUCUACAUCGUGCCGGACCUGCCGAAGACGCGGUCGGGCAAGAUCAUGCGGCGUAUCCUGAGGAAGAUCCUGGCGGGCGAGGAGGACCAACUGGGAGAUAUCUCGACCCUCUCAGAUCCGACAGUGGUGGAGAAGAUUAUCACUAUAGUCCACAGCGACCGGAAGAAGUGA